AUGGCAUUAUUCCUUCUGACGUAUAAACAUUUCUUUAUUUGUCAUCGCAAUGAGUCCAAAGAAAGAAAAAAAUCUUCCACCUCUCUCUCUCUUCUCUCUCUCCUCUUUCUCUCUCUUCACUCUUCUGUCUUCUCUUUGUCUUUUCUCUCUACUCUCUCACCUCUCUCUUCUCUCUCUCUCUCUCUCUUCACUUUUCUUCUGUCUUUUCUUCUUUGUCUUUUCUCUCUCUCUCUCUGUCUCUCUCUCUCUCUCUCUGUCUUUCUCUACUGUCUCACCUCUCUCUCUCUCUCUCUCUUCACUCUUCUGUCUUUUCUUUUCUCUUCUCUCUUUUCUCUCUGUCUUCACUUUUCUCUCUCUCUGUCUUUUCUCUCUACUCUCUCAUUCCUCUCUUCUCUCUCUCUCUCAAAACGUAAGGAACGAAAAACAUGUCAUUACGUUUUCUCGAUUUCCUUGCCAAAUGUAUACAUGUAA